AUGAUAGGAAUAUUAAUAGUGCUAAUCUUUUCUUCUUCCCUUGCUUAUUCUACUCAACUUCCACCACUUCCAUUUAAGAAGCUCCAACUUCCUCUGCAAACAGUCGGCCCUGAUUCUAAUGCUUUUGAUCUUAAAGGCAACGGACCUUACACGAGUGUGGCUGAUGGUAGAGUACUCAAAUAUCAAGGUCCAAAUAUUGGCUUCAUUGAUUUUGCUACCACAUCACAUCUAAGAGACAUAAAUUUGAUCCUUCAAAGUGGAGAUACAAGAGGGAGAUUUUUCAAAUAUAAUAUAAGAACAAAGCAAGUAACAUCAUUGCUAAGUGAACUAUCAGGGCCAGCAGGAGUGGCACUAAGUUUAGAUGGUUCAUAUGUUCUGAUCACAAAAAUAAUUGCUAGUACGUAGAAUCAGGAGACUUUGGCUCAAAGGUCCAAAAGCGAAUUCAUCAGAAAUAUAAUAUUCGCAAACCUUACUGGACAUCCAGAUAACAUAAAGAGGACGAUCUUAGGGGACUAUUGGUGUGAUGAUCGUGAAUUUAGUGU